CGCAACCGGAUGUAACCGUUUAAGUCUUCCGGGCAGCUGAGAGGCCGUUCAGAAUUCUAGCUAACGUCUUCUAAACAGUCAAAAUCUUAAUAUUUUAUCAGUUAUUUCCUAUUGUGAUUUUACAACUACACAUAAUAACAAUGAUUAAGGCCAUCUUGAUAUUUAACAACCACGGAAAACCGCGGCUGAUCCGAUUCUAUCAAUAUUUUGCGGAGGACAUGCAGCAGCAGAUCAUUCGGGAGACUUUCCAUUUGGUGUCUAAGAGAGACGACAAUGUCUGCAAUUUCUUGGAGGGUGGAAGUCUCAUUGGCGGCUCUGAUUACAAGUUGAUCUACCGACACUAUGCAACCCUCUACUUUGUCUUCUGCGUGGACUCUUCUGAGAGCGAGCUUGGCAUUCUGGACCUGAUCCAGGUGUUUGUGGAAACACUGGAUAAAUGCUUUGAAAACGUCUGUGAGCUGGACCUCAUAUUCCACAUGGACAAGGUCCAUUACAUCUUACAGGAAGUGGUGAUGGGAGGCAUGGUGCUGGAGACCAACAUGAAUGAGAUUGUAGCUCAGGUGGAGGUGCAGAACCGCAUGGAGAAGUCAGAGGGAGGUCUAUCAGCGGCCCCCGCUCGCGCAGUCUCUGCUGUGAAGAACAUGAACCUGCCCGAGAUUCCCCGCAACAUCAACAUCGGAGACAUCAAUAUCAAAGUGCCGAGCCUCUCCCCGUUCUGAGCAGCAUCCCAGCUGAGCUCUGCAGGGCCGAUGUACUACUGAUGUCUCCAUUUCCCCGCUGUUCCCCUCCACCCAGCUCUGUGGUUGAGACAGAACUGUUUUUAUAUAUGUACUACAGAACCACAGCAGCUUACUCUCCCUUUCAUUCCAAUCUUUUCACAUGCAUGGGAGAUAAGCUGUGGAUUAUUUUUGAGUUCUACUGUAUACAAUUUACAGAUUACUCUAGCUGAAGGAUUUGCACAAUAAUGUAAAGUUUGAUUCUUAAAAUCAUCAAGAGUAAUGUUAAAAUCUAUAAAUUUUCUGCUUUUCUUUCUUUAUAGUUGUCAUGUUGAUUUCCUGCUCUUCCUAAAAGAAUGAUUGCUGUGUUGACCCAGUGUGUAUUUUCUUGCACAACUCUUCCAAAUCUCUGACGUUCAUCACUGAUUGUUCUGCCUAAGUUUUGAAAGCGUUCCCUCCUGUCUGAAGGAAGCUUUUGGACUGAGCACAGUCCACUGUAAUAUGAUCCUUUGGCUUCUGUGUUGGACUAUAAUUACUCAGACACAUCUUUAUUUCCUCCUCCAAGUGUGUGUUCAUACAGCUUGGGAUUAGACUCCUCCGCUUAGCUCUUGUCACUAUUUAUUUUCCCUUCUCCGUAAUAUAUUGUGUCUCUGACAUUCUUGUGUGAUUAAUAUAAUUGUCCUACUGGGUGCAGAUUGUGCUCGAUGUGACAAAUGUAAAUGCUUUGUAACUCUAGCCAAGUUUUAAUGUGUUGUGAUAGAAUCUUGCCAACAUCUGCUCAGAGAGGCAACAGACUAAUGUUGACCUUUUGUGGAUCUUUUCAGUGUUUCUAUAAAGUGUGUUUGUGUGUUUUUGGGUGUAUUUAGUAGGCUGAUAGAAUCAAAGUCAGACUUACAUUGAAGCCAUACUCAGUUUUUCCAUAAAAUCCUGUCAAGCCUCUCAAGGAAGGGAAUGUGUCUCAGUGUCAAAGACAUUCCUUGCCAAGAAAUUAAACACAUGAAAAUACA